AUCCUUUUUGGGAGAGGACUUACUCAGUCAAUGUUAUUCUUUCCAACGUUCUGAUCUUCCAUGUGGACCUCUCAUGGAUGGAAUUUUCAGCAGGGGAAAAGGAGUAGUCUUCAGCUAUAGAGGUUAGGCCUAUAGCAAAACAAUUCUGAAGCCCUUUUUGGCAGUGGUAAGAGAAUUGGGAGGACAUGGACAGUUAAAUCUGCUUGUUGCUCAACUCAAUUCCUCUCCCCAGCUAAUUAAUUUUCUUCUAAGAAAAUGGAUAAAUCAUGCUUAGGAAACAUAUGCAUCCUCCAGAUUAACUUGCUUGUUGGCUUUGUUGUUAUACUCAGCUUAUUGCUACCACGAUCCCUGAAAUUUGCAUCGGCCUUGGGGAACGAAACUGACAGAAUAGCUUUGCUUUCUAUAAAGGAUCAGCUUGUUGGCGCUUAUCCAGGAGCUCUCGAUUCAUGGAAUGCUUCUCUCCACUUUUGUGAGUGGCAAGGUGUUACAUGUGGUCGUCGCCACCAGAGGGUCACUGCUUUGGAGUUGUCUGGUUUGAAACUAGCUGGGUCCUUGUCUCCUUCAAUUGGCAAUUUAACCUUCCUCAGAAGACUUAAUCUGUCUGAUAAUAGGUUGAAAGGUAACAUACCCAAGGAAGUUGGCUACCUAAGGCGGUUGCUUUUUUUUGAGCUGUCUUCAAAUAAUCUCCAUGAAAACUCCCUGUGGAGCUUGCCAAUUGCUCAAACCUCUUAACAAUUGAUUUAUCGUCUAAUAACCUCACUGGUGAAGUUCUUUUCCAGUUGGGUGACUUGUCGAAACUCAUUAGACUUUCGUUGGAUAUUAACAAUUUAGUUGGGGUUAUUCCAUCUACUUUAGGAAACCUUUCGUCAUUGUCGAGGCUCUCGCUUGCUUAUAAUCAUUUGGAGGGAAAUAUCCCUGAUGCUCUAGGUAGGGCCUUAAACUUGAGAAUUCUUUUUCUCGGUGUGAACAGCCAAACUGGUACUGUUCCUCUCUCAAUUUACAAUCUUUCUUCUUUGGAAAUGAUUGACUUGGCUAUGAACAAUUUAACAGGGAGUCUUGCAGUUGUAAUGGGGGGCAUGUCUUUUCCAAAUCUUCGUGUCUUUAGUAUUGCAGGAAAUCAAUUAAUUGGAACUAUUCCAAGGUCAAUAUCUAAUAUGUCUAAGUUGGAGAUAUUUAGCAUUGUUUUGAAUGGUAUCAGCGGAUCUGUUCCUAACGAUGUGGGAAACCUUAAGAAUCUUCAACAGUUCAGGAUUGGCGGCAACUACUUUGGAAAUGGGAAGGCAGGAGACUUGGAUUUUCUUUCUUCUUUGAGCAAUUGUAGCCGAUUAAAAAUUUUGGCACUUGAUGAGAAUCGAUUAGGUGGCCUGUUGCCAGAAUCCAUAGGCAAUUUAUCAAUCCAACUCAACAAGCUUUCUUUGGCAUGGAAUCUGAUCUCGGGAAAUAUUCCGGAUGGGAUUGGUAAUCUUGUCAACCUAAUUCUUCUAGAUAUGAGGAGAAAUGCCCUGACGGGCACCCUUCCAACUUCUAUUGGGAAGCUUAAAAAUCUUGAAACAUUGCUUCUUGGUUGGAAUAACUUUUCAGGUGAAAUCCCAUCCUUUAUUGGUAAUCUUUCUCGUUUGUUUGAACUUAUUUUAUAUGAUAACAAUUUUGAAGGACGAAUUCCACUUGCCCUUAGAAAUUGCAAAAGAAUUCAAAAUUUGGAUCUUGGUGCAAAUAAACUUAGCGGUAGUAUACCAGAGCAACUAUUGGGUGCUUUUACAGGUUUGAUUUGGGUUAACAUGUCUUACAACUCAUUGACCGGUCUCCUUCCAUCAGAUCUUGGAAAUCUGAAGAACCUGAUAGGAUUAUAUGUUUAUGAAAAUAAAUUGUUUGGUGAAAUUCCGACGACAUUGGGCGAGUGUUCUGGAUUAAGGUCACUUGAUAUGGCAGGAAACUUCUUCCAAGGUGGCAUUCCCUUGUCUUUUGGCUCAUUGAAAUCUCUUGAAUUUUUAGAUCUUUCUCGCAAUAACCUGUCAGGUACUAUACCACAUGAACUUGAAGAACUUCCAUUUUUAAGUAGUUUGAACCUUUCUUUUAAUCACUUGGAGGGUGAAGUUCCAAAAGGAGGAAUUUUCAACAAAUCUAGUGGAUUUUCAAUCGUGGGAAACAAAAAUCUCUGUGGAGGGAUUUUUGAAAUAAAGCUCCCAAAGUGCUUUAAUCAGAAGCCAAGGAAAAAGGGGACUGCUCUAUCGGCCAAAGCCUUCAUUUUUAUGAUCCUUGGCAUUCUAAUUGCCUCUAUUUUGGUCGUGUUUCUUUUGGUUCGCUGUUGCAAACAAAGGUUUGGAAAGAAGCUUAUCCCUGCAGCUUUGUUUGGUGAUGGCUACCUACGAGUAUCCUAUAAAGAGCUUCUGCAAGCAACUAAUGGUUUUGCAUCUUCCAACUUAAUUGGUGUGGGAAGUUUUGGCUCUGUGUAUAAAGGAGUUCUCCAUCAGCAAGAAAAACAUGUUGCAGUGAAGGUACUGAACCUUCAAAACAGUGGCGCUACAAAAAGCUUCACAACUGAAUGCAAGGCUUUGAGGAAAGUUCGACAUCGAAAUCUUCUCAAACUUAUAACUUCCUGCUCAAGCAUUGAUUACCAAGGCAAUGAUUUCAAGGCUUUAAUUUUCGAAUUCAUCCCUAAUGGGAGUUUGGACAGUUGGCUUCAUGAGCAACAUGAGUCAAGGUAUUUGAACUUUGUUCAAAGGUUAGACAUAGCCAUAGAUGUAGCCAAUGCAAUAGAUUACCUUCAUCACAAUUGUGGGGCGGUAAUUAUCCACUGUGAUUUAAAGCCUUCCAAUGUUCUUCUUGAUGAUGACAUGGUUGCACAUGUUGCUGAUUUUGGAUUGGCUAAGCUCCAAUCUAGCGACACAGACACUAUGAGUAAUGAUCAAACAAAUUCCUCGAUGAUGAAAGGAACAAUUGGUUAUGUUCCCUCAGAAUAUGGCAUGAGUGGGGCAGUGUCUCCAGAAGGUGAUAUAUACAGCUAUGGGAUUCUGCUCUUGGAGAUGAUCACCGGAAGGAGGCCAACGGAUGGUAUAUUUCAUGGUGGCUUAAGCCUUCACAAUUUCUGUAAGAUGGCACUGCCUGAACGGUUGAAGGAGAUUCUCGAUUUUCGCUUGCUCAAUCAAAUUAGUGAAAACAACGAGAGAUCAAGAAGUCAACUAAAUAUUGAGGGAGAGGUGUUGGAGGGUUUGGUUUCUUUCACCAAAAUAGGAGUUGCAUGCUCUGCAGAAGCACCUGGUGAAAGAAUGGUAAUCAAAGAUGCUAUCACACAACUACUUGCAAUCAAGGCAAGGUUGCUUCGGACUGGGAUCCAUACAAGGGACAGGAGAUAGGCUGCAACAGCUGGUGAAUCAGAAUCAAACUUUUACUCUAUGUUUCGUAUCAAUAAUUGAUAUUUGAACUUUGUUUUGCAUGUCUUAAAAUCGUUUAAACUAGGAUUGUCUGCUGAAAUUUAUAAUUUUGGUGUGAUUGAUUUUUGCCUUUUAACUUCUCCUCAAGCCCUUUGGUCUCUUCUUUUAACUCCUUUCCAUUAUUUGUAAUGGAUAGGAAAUAAAAGUGACCUAAAAAUUUGAUUUGCAAUUGAAAGUAGUAAGAAGUAGGCAAUUUCCUUUUUA